UUGCGGAAACAUUUCGGCCACAGUAACAAUCUAAGCUUUGCUGUGGCAACAACCAUGGUCAUCAGUCUUGUCGUAAAGAGGUCCAUAUGGGAUUCGAUAGAGCGCGGUAUAGUACAUUCGAAGGCUUGCUUGGUCUUCUUAUUACUCCAUAAGAGUUGUUCUCAAAUUUUCGUGGUGGAAUGUGCAGAAGAAAGCAAUUUUCUGUACCUGGGGCUUGAAGACGAGUUUCGCGAUAUUUCUUCCAUAAGUGCAAUAUAUGUCAUGUAGAGAGAGGUCUAAAUGUGAAGUUUUCAGCUUUGCUGUUAGCGGCUGCCUCUUUGAUUGUUAGUUCAGUGUAAUGUAGAGGUGACUUGUACUUAUUGUACAUUGUGGAACUUCAUAGAAGACCCCACAUGAGAUUGGGUUUUUCUUUCCUCACAAUUCUGAUAUAUUAGAAUGUUAAAUGUAAUCUUUAUGCUCCUUGCAUGUUCAAGCAGCUCAACUCUAUUGCAUUGCAUUGUUGAAUAGUAGAAUAGAUAGGUUCUUAAUGUACGAGCAAGAUAUUCAUUCACACUCGGAAUGUGAACACCAUAUCUAUAGCUUUCAGAUAGUUCUGGGCGUAUGCCCUUCAGCAUCUCUCUUUCCUGGCUAUGGUACUCCCUUGUGAGACAAACUCCGAGACCCUGCUCGUGUGUGUUUGUUGGUGGUAAUGCUCAAAUCGAGCUAGUCUCUUUGCAUCUGGUAAGUGCAGUCUGAGUUCAGAAGCAAACCUAUAUCUGUCAAACUAUAUGGGAGCACUUAUUGGGUACUUCUUUUACUUCUGCACCAAUUCCUUUCUUCAGUACAGGUACUUCAUAUAUUUGUACCCCGAACUUCUGCACCCGAAGCAGGUGUAAUGGGAUCUUGAAUAGUAGCUUACGAUUUGAAAUAUCUGUACUUCUGCAGAUUCAAUCUAUUUUCAAGCUGGUGUCCUGUGUUUGAAAUCGCUUCAGUUUCUCUCUCCUGGCUGAUUUAUUGCUUGUGACCUGUCUAGAUUCCUAAGGGAAACUUUGCCACCCUGUUUGCUUUCUAAAUAAACUUUGCAGCCUCCUAAAUCAUAACAUAUGUUGAUGGAUUCCAUAUCUGAUCUGAUUGUAUCUCCAUAAUGAAUGUCAACUCUCAUGCUGUCUUGAUUGCAAGUCUCGCGAUCUGGACAAUUACACAACAAAUAAUGCUUUGUAGUACUAGUACUUGUUGUGUAUCUAAGGAGAGGGAAGAAGAAGCUGCACAACAGCAUCAAUGUUGGCAAUUGGACAGAUCAACAUGUUCCUUAUUAACUUGCUUCCAGUUGUACAUACUAUGAUGCACCAUAUCUCUCCUCCACUUUUGUAGGAUAUCAUGUGAAAUCCUCUCCUUAUCUAUCUAUCUAAUCUCAAUCUAAAUCUUUUAUGCACUUGUUUCCCUAAUAGAAUAGAAUAUUCUAAUGGUGGGUGAGUUGCAAAAUGGGAUGCAGAUGGGUGCUGGAAUCUUGUUUUCUGUCAGGGGAACACACUGGACAGAAAGAAAUCCUUUUAUUAUUGAUGAUCAUGAUCAUGAUGAUGGAGAAGAGGGAAAAAGCAACCAGGCAGGCAAUAAGGGAAAAAAGAAUGGAUUUUGUUUAGUGAAUCCAUUCAUCCAUCCAUCUCUCUCUUCCUCUCUCUCUCUCUGCCAUUCUGGUAAGUAAAGAAAGUACAUAUCUUUAUAUAUUCAUUGAUAGAUCAGAUGAAGAAGCUGAGUUGUUUUUGUUUGGUUUCUUUAUAAAGUAGGAAGCAAAGCAUGCAUAUGCUUGUGGUGUGGCCAUAAACAUUGUUAUUUUAAGGGUGGUGGAGCAGAAAAGGUUUGUUUUAGGUGCAGCUGCUGCAAGUGGAAUAAUGAGGUUAGAAGGGUUUGCUUGUACUGUACUGUACAACUGGUUUAUGAAUCACAGCUUGGGAGCAAAUUCCCAAGCUGCUGCCAUGGCUACUAGGGGAAGAAUUAGACAGAGGGUUGUUGGCAUAGCAUGCGCCAAGUUCAUUCAUACUUGUUCUCUUUCAUCUGUAUUUCUGUUCCAGCUUUAUGGUAUGGGGGCUGUCUCUUUUAACUAACCUUUACUUUCUUUUCUUGGAUAGUUGAAACAAGGCUGGAAUUUUUUAUUUUUUUUGAAAAGUUUAUGUUGUUUUCAUAGUUUAAUCAUAACAAUAAUCUUCUUGUUAUUGUUUGUUUGUUAUGGUUUAGUAUAAUGAUGACAUUUAUAAAAUAAUGAGCCACUCACUGCACUUUGUUGCUUUUGUUAGGCUAGAUUCGAGUUUAUGCUAUUUUCGAGUUUUUUUAGGUCUUCUCUCUCUCCCUCUUGUCUCAUAGUUUCUCUUUAAUACUUGUGAAAUCGUAACGUAUUAUAUCAAUUCUAGUUAUACAUACAACAUAAUGAAGACAACACUAAUACUUCGUUAUAUUCAUUUCAUUACAAGCUAUCUUGUAUUGUGAUUUUUUCUUUAGCCGUUGUGAAAUCGUUGCAGGACUCAAUCGUGUAAGUUCAUUUUAUUUAUCACUUGUCAUACUUCAAAUAGAAAAGUUUACUUGGUGGAUUAAUCAACCAUGGGAUUCUGAGUUAUUGUGGAUUUCUUAUUCUGAUUUGACAUUUCUCAUUUGGUUGUUGUUGUAGGUUCCACAAGAUUUCUGUUUCAAUUUUGGAAGUUAGUGUUACAUUGACAUUUGUGACCCAGGUGGGGAGGGAACAUGGGCUGGUGGGCUUUGUCUCCUGCCGUAAUGAGGCCCUACCUGCCUGACCCAGGCCUACUCACUAGAUUGACUGACCCGGCUCCUUUUUCAAUUGGGCUUUUUCUGAAAAGUGGGCUACAUUUAUUCUCGUCUUUUACCAAGAGUAGGUAAGGGGAGAAAAGAGUGUCAGUUCUUGAACCCAACACAUGGUCAUGGUUGUUAAGUGCCGUCAGAUCAAAGCAAUCUUCUGGUCCCCUUUUUUUUAGUUUUUGUUUAUAUUUGAGUUAUUACUAUAGUUAUAUGUAUGAUUGUGACACAUCAUGAGCCGCCCACGAGGUAGUACGGUACGAUACGAUUUGAGAUAUGUGGCGAGCUAAAUAUGAGCACGAAUAUUUUAUGGACGGUAAGAUUUAAACUUCAUAAAUAUGAACGGUAUGAUUUGUAAUUGAGUUUGUGUCGGGCAUAAUAAUUUUUUUUGAAGCCAUUGAAUAUAGACACGCUAAAACUUGCAAAAUAUACUUUUUCUACGGAAUAUAAAUUGAAUUAUGAGUUCAUAAAAUACGAAAUAUAGUCACAUAAAUCAUGGUAUUAAUAAGGGAUUGCAUCAAAAAUAAAAUGCUUGAGAGAACCGAAAAAGCAUGUGGAAACCGAAUCGCUUCUGUAUUUCCAAUUUUCUUCUUCCUCUUACUUGUUACCUUUCUCAAAUCAUACCACUUAUCAAUUUCAUUCCCUUCCCAAUUUGCUCCAGUUUCACUCCCAGUUUUAUUUUCUUCCUUUCAUUAAGUAUGAAUAUGAACGAGGCAUAAGAACAAGUAGGUAUGGCAUGAUUCGAACUGUGCUCAUACCCAGAUCGAAUUGAUGAAAUUUUGUAUACUGGGUGGACACAAAAACGAAAACUUAUAUGGCAUUGCCAACACACAACAUGAAAAAACCCCGGCUUAAGGCGAGCUCAUGUUGUGCCGGCCCAAGCACUACCCAAUGCUUGAGUACAUGUAUGAUGGCGUCGGGUGCAUUUUUCAAAUGUGAUCAAUAGUGCCUAGGGUUGGCCAAACAUUGAUAUAUUAAUUGGAUGAAAAUGAUCCAGUUAUGAGAUUUUUUCAAUAAUUAGUAGCUUAUAUUUCCCACCAAAGUGUUAAAGUGUUAAGAGAGCAAAAACAUGGUUCUUAUUUGUUAGAAUUCUGCUGGCUGCAAAACAUUUUCUUUUUCUUUUUCACAUAAUUUGGUUUCGAGCCUUUGACUAGUCAGUUGCAUGAAAAAUUGGUGGCCGGAAAACGUCCAAAAAGGACAAAUAGAGUUCAGACGACCGGCCAGAAAGGAAAAACCGUUUACUAUUAAUUACAUUCUGAUCACCAUAUUGUAGGUUAUUAUAAGAUCGGGUUCUUAUACUUUCAUCGAUUCACAACUGAAGUCCCUACUUCUUCUUUUCUCUCUGAAUUGGUCGAUUUGUUAGGUAGAAUGGAAAGAAAUGAAUUUGUCCUUUCAAGACAUUAUAGUUUAUUUUGAUAUAUUGUGAAUGUGCUUAGUGAAAUGGAACUUGCACUUAGGUUAUAUUUGUAUUUUUUUUAUAUGUGUCAACGUUUUGUAGUCUUUGUAAUCUAUAUUGGUUUGGCUCUAAAUUCGUGCAAUUGUUUCCUACACAUAAAGGACAAGAAAUGAAUUUCCAUGUGCAAAAUGAAGAUAACAAACGAUGUCGAUGGAAGGUGAUUUAAGUAUCGUAUAUGAGAAAAUAAUUCAUAUAAACUAGAUAGACAGAUAUUGUAAAUUGAAAAAAUAUAAACGUGAAGUUGUACAUGAGUUGGGUGGUGAGUAAAAUCAAAAUGUUGAACCGGAUGGACCGAUGGUGAUGACGUGAAUUUGUGGUAUAGUCUGAUGUCAAAUCCAAAAAGAAAGUAGUAAAUAUGUUUGACAAGUUGGAGGGUGACAAGAGUAUAACACAUCAUUCUCUAUAUAUCAAAGAAGAAACGAGGAAUACCUCGCGAAUUGGUGUCAUGAACAAAAUAAAACAGUGAUCCCAAAUAAAGCAAUACUUUAACUUACUUCACUUACUUUCCAUUUUCAUUUAUCAUGUCCAUAAAUAAGGUCUAAACUAUAACUCGAUAUUAGAACUAGUAACAUCCCUUAUAAACACUCGCUGAAGCGAGUAAACGCGUUUUAACUCUACAUUAACAACAACUACAUUGAAGUAUUUACCAUGAGAGUUGACAUCCCCACAAUCACAAGCAAUAAAAACUAGAUUAGUAAAAUGUAGUAGUGACCAAAAUGUGGAAUCUCCUUACCCCAUUUCAUACGUUACUUUCUUUUUCCCCUAUUUUGGGAUUUUCUUUCCUUGAUUUUGCGUGAAGCUAACGGCUUGCCUUCCCGUGCCACUACAAGCCUUUUACAAACGUGUUUGCUCCUUUCUGCUUUCUUCAUUUUCUGAUUAUGAAGAAAAUUCAAUGACCGAUUUGUUAGUCUCUCGAAAGUCAAUGAUGAUCUAUGUUAUUUUCCCGUAUACUAAAUUAUCCUCUAGAUUAUAAUUUCUCCACCUCAAUCCUAUCGACCUUAAUAAAUCCACAAUAAGCAAGUAUCAAAACACUCCAAAUACGCAAUUUCACACUUAAUUGCUUCCUUAAUUUGUUAAUUACCCACUAAAACCCCAUCAGAAGAAGAAGUCUCUGGAGAGUCGUCUCCUCCGCCUAUUUCCUCUCCGCUUCCUUCCUUACUUCCCGUCCUGCCUAAAUUUUCCGAUCGCGGAAAGCUUCUUCCAAAUCAAUUCAGUCUUCUAACAAUGGCGGAUUCCGUCCUCGAACCUCUCCCUCCUCCUCCGCCAAUCUCCGAUGCCGAUUCUCUCCUCGCUCCUCCCCUCGACCCGCUCUUCUUCUCCUCCUCCUCCUCCACAAACCCCGACCAACACGGCUUCAUCCCUUCCGAUCUCCCCUCCUUCGAUUUCGACGGCGGUUUCGAUGUCAACUUCGAUUUCGACGCCUUCCUCGACCCACUCUACUUCCCGCCCGAGACCGAGUCCUUCCCUCUACCCGAAUCCGGCGGCACCAUCGCACUGGAGGCUGGCGGAUCGCCGGAAUCGGAUAAUUCGGUGGUUUCUGGUGGCGAGGGUGAUGGUUGCUCUGACGUGGGGAAGUAUUUCAACCGCUCGCCUUCUCGUGCCGGGAGUUGCGAUUCCGAUGAAGGGAGUACGGCUUCAGGCGCUGCUGCAGCUGUAGGGAUCGCGAAUUGUACGGCUGCGUCUCCUGCCUCGUCGCAUGGUUCUGGAAGUGGAGGAAAGUCUGAUGCUUCCGAGACGAUGGAUGCGUCUUCUCCUGAUUCGGGGACUUUCCCGGUGAAAGAUGAAGAUGCGAAUGCGAAGAAGAAGAGGAGCGGCGGCGGCGGAGCGUUGCCGAAGAGGAAGAAGGAUGCGAGUCAUGAUGGGUCGGCCAGAAGGCAGAAAUGUAGGGUUUCUGAGAUUCCCAAGUCGAAUUCUUCGUCUCAAGGGAGCGAUGCAAAGACUGAGGAGUGCGGCAGCUUUGGGCCUUUCGGUGAAGAAGAUGAGAAGAAGAAGGCGAGGUUGAUGCGAAACCGGGAGAGUGCGCAGCUGUCGAGGCAGAGGAAGAAGCAUUACGUGGAGGAGCUGGAGGACAAGGUGAGAGCCAUGCAUUCGGCAAUUGCUGACUUGAACGGUAGAGUUUCGUAUUUUAUGGCUGAGAAUGCUAGCUUGAGGCAGCAAUUGGGUGGUGGUAAUGGCUUGUGUCCACCACCUAUGUAUCCACCGCCGAUGGCUCCCAUGCCUUAUCCAUGGAUGCCCUGUCCUCCUUAUAUGGUUAAGCCUCAGGGUUCGCAGGUUCCCCUGGUUCCUAUCCCUAGAUUGAAACCACAGCAGCCAGCGGCUUCUGCUAAAUCCAAGAAGGGUGAGACGACGACGAAAAAGUCUGAGACCAAGACUAAAAAAGUUGCUAGUGUUAGCUUUCUGGGUCUGCUCUUUUUCAUUUUGAUGUUUGGUGGGCUGUUGCCUGUUAUCAAUGUUAAGUAUGGAGGACCUGGGGAGAAUGUAGCUAGCCGGUCUGGUGAUAGUUUUCUGGAUCAGCAUUUUCGUGGUAGAGUGUUGGUAGUCGAUGGGCAUUCGAAUAGAUCUAGUGACAACAGCCACAAUAGAGUUCACUGUGAGAAAAGUAAGAGUGGAGGUGCAGAGCAUAUACCCAAACCAGGUGGUUUUGCAUAUCCUGAUAACUCAAGCGAGCAGCUUCAUGCAUCCUUGUAUGUGCCACGGAACGAUAAGCUUGUGAAGAUUGAUGGGAAUUUGAUAAUUCACUCUAUUCUGGCUAGUGAGAGAACAGCAACAACAGGAUCUAAGGAGAAGAAGACAACUGAAUCAACACCCAUGGAGACGAGUUUAGCAAUACCUAAGGAUUUCUCGGGGGCUCUUGCUAUCCGUGAUGGAAACAACAGGGGUAGGUUCUAUAGGACUCCUGCUGAGCAACAGAAGGCCAUUGGUUCUAGAUCAGCUGAUAAUUUGAAGGAACAGUUCAAGUCUUCUGCUGCUGAUGGUAAACUGCAGCAGUGGUUCCAUCAAGGUCUUGCAGGGCCAAUGUUGAGUUCAGGAAUCUGCAGUGAAGUGUUUCAAUUUGACGUUUCACCAUCUCCUGGAGCCAUAGUGUCUUCUCCACCAGUCACUAAUCUCACCAGAGAACCUCACCAGAAUGCUACUCCGCCCUCCGACAAGAAAAAACAUAGAAGAAUCCUCCAUGGCCUUCCAGUGGUACCCUUCCCCGGUUCAGAUCUCAAUGUCACUGGAGAACACAAAGGGAGAAAGAACGAGACUUUCAACAUUCAAGGUAAUAAUAGUAAAGCACCAGCCUCUUCAAUGGUUGUCUCCGUGCUUGUUGAUCCCAGAGAAAUUGCGGAUACUGAAGUUGAUGGUGUCUAUGUCCCGAAGUCGCUCUCCCGGGUGUUUGUUGUCGUACUAGUGGACAGUGUCAAGUACGUCACUUAUUCGUGCAUGCUUCCCCGCUCUAGUCCUCACUUGGUAAGAGCUUGAAGAUACGGUAAGAGCCUGAGGAGUCGCAGAACUGAGAACGUGUACUGCAGGCCUACAGUUUUGUAUAUAGAGAGAAAAAAAAUAGAAAAUCUAGCAUCAACGAUCUAUAAGAACCCUAACCCUGUUUUCUGCACCCUGAAUGUCUGCCUCUGUACCUCGAACGUUGCGAGAGUCCCUUAUCGAAGUGGUUGCUUAAUGUAGGUGUUGGUUUCUGGGAUGGUUAGUUUGUGAUAGGAGAGAACACUUAAUUUGUUGGCUGAAGUAUUGUAUCGCUGCCGUUAUGGAAGCAUAAUGUCUGCCUUUCUAAUACAAGAACAUUAAUAAGCGUUUUUUUCUGAU